AUGGGUUCAUCGAAACGAACAAAUGGUACCAACGAUACAAAUCGUAAACCAGGCUGUCCUAUACCAUUACCAUCCGGUUGUUUACGUGGAUUACCUUUGCCGUCAUCGUUUGAGGAUGGUAUUAAAAUGAAAUGCAGCAAUAUACAAUGUCCAUAUCAGGAACAAUUAAUGCAUCCGGAAUGUUUUCAUGCAUUAGAAGAUAAUCUUGUCAAGAUUAUGAGUAAUAUAGGAUCAGCUCGUGGAUGGACGGAUGCACAAAGACGAUCAAAUUUAUGGGAUAAGAAAGGUUUAUCAUUAAUCCAACGUAAAUGUCGUUGUGUUUGUGGCUUAGGACUUAUGCGACUUGAUCAAACAGCGAUAUUCCUAGCUAAUCAAAAUGCAACACCAUUACGGACAACACCGCCAAAAAGUAAAAAAGGAAGAAAAAAUCUUCCAAGAUUAAAUUUUGGCUCAACAAAUGUAGCAACAAUUCAAAACGAUAAGCAUUUUAACAAAAAUGGGAACAAGAAACGAAAUACCUUCUUACGUCCGAUGUCAUCCAAUGAUUAUUCUCUUUCAGCAUCAUCAUCUAUAACAAAAUACAGUCAUGGUAGUGAGCGCCGAACAGUAUCAUAUACAUUUCGUAGAGAGAAAUGUGAACCAGAAGCAAGGAAUACAAAAAGUGAAUAUGGAUGGAUUCAGAAGAAACCGAUUACACAACCGAUUGCUACGGAAAGAAAACCAUUUAUUUCAAAAAAAGUUAAUGGAAAAAUUUCAUAUGCUGAAGCUACCGUAAUGAAACAUAAUGAUAAUGGAUUUGUCUUUAGUGAAAGUCAAUUUCCGAAAGCUGAGAAUGUUGAAAAUGGUAUACGAUCAUUAUCCUUUUGUGCAGCAUUUAGUGAUUUGCAAACACAGAAAUUUGAUACACCUCAAACUCAUCCACUACUUGAUUCUAUUGAUUUGUCAACAAAUACUUCGACUAUAUCACUUCCAUUUGAUGAUUUUCAAAAUUCGCUGCGUUGUUCUGUCAGUAGUGAUAAGACAUGUGAAUCUAAAAGUUAUUAUCAUAUCGAAUCAGAAUUUUUUGUUAGUCCAGUUGAUUUUUCAACGAUACUACCAUCACCACCUGAAACACCAUCUGGUUCACUUUCAUUCACCGAUGAUAGUCAAAUGAUAUCACGAAAAGAUGAUCUUCAAGAUGUUGAUAGUGAAUCGACUGGUUAUUACAGUCUAUUUGCUGGAUAUUCAUUCCGUCUUGGUGAAAUUUUAAUUGCGGAAAGCUACCUUCCAGGAUUACUUUAAAUUUUCUGAAGUAAAACUGUUCAUGAAUCCGCCAUAAAUAAAUGAAACAUUGACUUAUAUCUUAACAUUUAACCUUCACUCGAUCAUGCACC